AAUGUCGAAAACUUAGUGCUAUUUAUUUUGGGGAUUUAUUUACCGCUACAAGAUCUUGUGCUCAUUUAACUAAAAAAUUGUUCUCGUACUGUUUCACCUAUUUUCCUUAAUUAACAAAAACAUUGCCAAAAAGUAGCAAUCUGAAAUAUUAUGCUACCCACACCUCGGAUCUUUUGCUUUCGAUGAAUGAGCGUUAUACUUCUUUUAUUUAAAUACUGAAUACAUAAUCUAGUCAUCUGUGACCAACCGUUGAGUAAUAUAAAUCGAAAACUUUAAAAGAAGUAAGUCACAAAAGAACGAAGGAUCUUCUACUAAGGUGAGUGAUGUGGGCAUGUUCUGACGACAAAUUCACAAGAUAAUCCAGGCGAGUUUCACCUUUUUCCCGUUAAUUUGCUAUGAUUUUAGUAUUUCUUAACCCAUAUAUAUUUUCACCCUAGAUUGGCUGUACGUAUUUCAUACGAACUACUCCCUAAACGGUUUUUAGUAUGAGAUAUAUUUAAUAGUUUUAUACGACCAAUACUAAUAUUAACAAGUGGUUUUCAGACUAAGCAUUAUAGAUGGUUAAAUAAUGCUUAAUAAUGGUUAAAUAAUUGUUAGUGGUUCUCAUUGUCAUAAUUUUUUUACACUUCUUACAAAGGUUAUGCACUAAGUUAACGAAUACACCUGCAGAAUUAUUUUUAAUGAAAUCAUAUAACUCAGUUUCAUUGGCACCAUUCGAUUUUUUUCUACUGCUUCUUUACUUUCUGGCAUUUCCGAAUCAAGAACUAUGAACGUGUUCUGAACCAUCAAAAACCUUGAGCGUGUAAAACAGCACGACCUAUUUUAUUUCCCAUAGCGAAUUCCCAUAUCAAGGCUGUUCAUAAAUGGUUUCUCGACAGCGCCAUGAAGCUUUCUUACGAUUUGAUAAGCACGUAAUAUGGUCGGCUUCAGCGAUGAAACUAAGAGAUAAAGCAGUCAAUAACCUGACUAAUGACUAUUUACACAAAUGGUGCUGUUUUCCCACAGUUACCUUUACACAAAUACUGACCAAAAGUUCAUAUCAUUUUCAUCUCACACCCGCGAGGGUUACGACGAUUUUAUCCGAGAUACCCUCACCCAUUUCAACUUAGUAGGCCACUUGCUUAAUAUAUGUCUUAUCAACGCUCGAUCGAUCUGCAACAAAAAGACGGAUUUAGCCCUGUUUGUAUCCAUAUAUCAACCAUCACUUAUUAUGAUAUCUGAAGCACGGACUAACAGUAAUAUUUCCGACCAAAGCAUAUCUCUUGAUAACUAUUUUCUAUAUAGAAGCGACAGAUUGAAUGGACGAGGCGGAGGAUGCCUUACUUACGCUCACUCUAGCCUAAACUCACUGCUAUGUGAUAUGCCUGAACUAAACAAACUGAAGGAUUCGGUGUGGAUUGUAUUAAAGCCGUCGAAUUCCGUUACCUUACUGCUCGGCUGUGUUUAUCGUCAACCUAAUGCAUCAACAGAUGAAAUAGCAGUAUUAUCGGAGGUAUUCACACUAGCAUCAUCCCUCUCAUUCACAGGCAAGCUCAUUUGUGGUGACUUCAAUAUGCCCGAAAUUUCUUGGCUGCCAGUCAAAGCGCCGAGACGUUAUGAAUCAUUUAUUGAAUGUCUAGAGCUUGGACAAUGGACUCAGUAUGUCGAUAGCCCUACCAAACAUCAAAACAUCUUAGACUUAGUCUUUACCAGUGGCCUCAUCCCCAAUACUUUGCAUAUUGGAAAAAAGUUCCCAGGUAGUGAUCAUAACAUUGUCAUAUGCAGCCUUAAUGUAAAAACCACAACCGAUAGAAGUAAAACCGUAACACUUCGUAGAAACUAUCGCAAGGUUGAUUGGAAUAACUUCCACAAUUACCUACGAAGCACUGAUUGGAGAACUUUCUUUACCUCAAACAAUACCGACACAUUAACCAAUAUAUUUUAUCACAACAUCAAAAGUAUCAUCAACAACAUCGCACCUUUAGAAUACUGUAAACCUACGUUCUCCAAAGAUCUCUAUAUACCGGUCAGUACAAGAAGACGUCUUCAAAGACAUUGUACUCGAUUCCACAACUUAAAUGACUUUUCCUCUUUAGUAACGAUGACAGAAAUACUUGUCUGAACAGAGGCAAUAACUAAACAAAAAGCAGUAGCACAGGAAAAACGUGCAGUCGAACUUAAUAAUAACUCCUCUGCACUCACCAUACUACUCCAACAUAAACUUAAACGCUCUAAAUCGAGAGGGAGUAUAUUCAUUAAAGGCAAACAAGUAUACGAAGAUCCCAAACUUAUCACAGAAUUAUUUAGUGAACAUUUUUGUUUCUCACUAACGAAAAACCAUUUAAUGAUUCAGAACCAAUCCCAGUAACUCCGUGAAAUUACUAAUGUAGAAUUCAGUGUACAAAAUAUCUCCAAAGCAAUCAGUACAUUGAAACACUCCUACACUGAUGGACCAGAUGGUAUUCCGUCUUGCAUGCUAAAACGUGGAGGUGAUGAUAUGUGUGUUUUGCUUCUCAAACUAUUCGCGAUAUCACUCUCUUCAGCGUGUUACCCUACUGCCUGGAAAACUACACAUAUCAUUCCCAAAAUUAAAACAGGACCUGAAGCAAACGUUGAAAAUUACCGGCCUAUAAACAUAACUUCAGUGGUAUCCAGAGUGAUGGAAAAAGUAGUUAAGGCGGCUGUAGUCCAACAUCUACUAACUAAUAAUCUCAUCUCGACCUCCCAGCAUGGAUUUCUUAGGUCCAGAUCAUGCGAUACAUGCCUAGUAGACUACCCGAAUGAUAUAACUCUGAAACGCGACAGCGGACUCCUUGUAUCAGUCCUAUUCCUAGACUUUAAGAAAGCCUUUGAUAAGGUCCCACACAAAGGCUACUCGUAAAACUAAAGUUCUUCGGAAUACACAACCCACUGUACUCAUGGUUUGCUUCGUUCUUAACAGAACGUAAACAGAUGGUAAAGUACAAUGACUGUCUCUCGUCCCCUAGACCAAUCACCAGUGGAGUCAUCCAGGGAAGCGUAUUAGGCCCACUUUUGUUUCUUAUGUAUAUAAACGAUAUAUGUAACACCAUAGAAUUCGGGAAACCAUACUUAUAUGCUGAUGAUCUCAAAAUAGUAUACAGCUAUAAGCCUGAGACACUAAGCGAAAGUAUAUCCCAGAUCCAAAAGGACCUCAAUAACCUAACUAUAUGGAGUGAAAAAUGGCAAUUACCAUUUAACCUCAACAAGUGCGGGAUCAUGCACUUUGGAAAGCAUCCCUAUAAACCGCGACUUCAAUUAAAUGAAAGUAGAGUCCAAACACUUGAACCAGUACACGAUUUAGGAAGUAAUUACACAGGAAGCCUGAACUUUAAAGAACAUGCCUCCUCUAUUAUUUCUAAAUCUAGACGGCAAAUUGGUUUUAUAAUGAAAACUUUUUCACAACAGAGGGUAAACUUACUCUCUACAAAAUAUGUGUACGACCCUCCCUUGAAUACUGCUCUUUUGUCUUCUCUAAUAUGAAUAUCAUAGACAAGAUAAGAGUAGAUGUUCAAAGACGUUUCACACGUCAACUACUAGGAUGUAACCCGAGUCUCGAUUACACAGACAGAUGUAAGCAUCUAUCUUUACAACCUUUAUGGCACCGUAGGCUAAAAAACAAUUUGAUAUUUCUCUACAAAGCGAUAUAUGGGCUCUCCUUUCUAACCUCCUGCCCGACUAUCACCCACAACCCAGCCUGUAGACUUAGAAACAACGCAUAUACACUACUUACCGUAAAACACCAAAAACAAAUGCGUUGUAAGUUUUUUACAGUACGGUAUAGCUUAUUGUGGAACAGGCUGCCAAUGCCUAUCCGCAACUGUGAUACGUUUACCAGAUUCAAAAAGCUAAUAACUCUAUUUCUAGACUCCAAAGAGCUUCAACAUUUCCUUGAACUCCCGCCCACCAAUGAGGCACUUUAUUACGGACCGCCCAGUAUCUAGAAAGAACAAGAUUAUAACAAGUUCGACUGUUACUAAUACGAAUAUAGCCAAACCACUGAAUAUACGGCUUAUCCUUUCCUAUUAUUCAUUGUUUAUUAAUCAUAACCUGAUGUUCCUAACCCUAGCUUUCAGUUCCCAAAUCUCUACAGGUUAAAUGUACAUUAUUCUUCCUAAAAGUCAUGCUUUUUUUUCUACUGCAAGUAGACAGAUAGCUCAAUCUUAUGGAUGCUGAUCUACUAAGGCCGAUCAUACAAAGCUCAAAAUUUGGCCACAAAGUCUUGUGAGUUUCUCAAUGUUUUAUUUGUCUUACCCUGAAAUCU